GCAAAAUCUCCUCGAUAAACAAAGCGUAAACAACGAAAAAAUCGUCAGCUUUCCCUACGCAGUGACAGUCACACCGUGCUAGUGCAACAACGCGCAGCAUGACGUCGCCGAAAAGACGCCGCCUCGUAACCCCAAAUACACGACUAGCAGACGGUAAAAUCGUGCGGCGGAGGCGCAGACGUGCGUUUAUAUCGUAUAUUUCAUAACCUCGUAAUCACCAAGACGCGUAUACGACAUCCGAGGAUAUUCUCGGGACACGAAGAUCCUUUGCGCGUCAAGUGGCCCCGGCCUACAGUGCAAUUUCCGAGAGAGAAGAGCCGAAACGAGUUUGCUUCGCGACAACGUGCGCCUAUGUAUACAUAGAGUCUAACGCCGCCGAGCGGAUUAUUUGAAACAGACGAGCCGAUUGUCAUCGACUAAUAUACACGCGAUAAUUAUCAAUGACACUCGAGAUCAGCAGUGAAGUGGCUUGAAAAAAAUUCGAACAUGCAGAACGAGCCGUUCAACGUGAAAUACAUCACGGUCAACACUUGCUUUGUCUAUCUGCCGGAGCAGUGGUUGAGAAGAGUUUCUUCGCGGCCGAACGUAGUGAAGCUGCGGCACAAUGACGUCAAUUAUUACUUAUCUUGGUACACGAGGCCAAGUCCUGAUAACUCGAUGCUCUGCCUGAGCGCGACAUUUGCAAGGACUUUAAACAUUAAGGAGGGCGAUGAGGUCUUUGUGUCUUGCGCGGAGGAGCCGCCCCCCUUAACGAGCCUCCUCGUCGCGCCCAGGAGUUCCCACGACCGAGAAAUACUGGAGCUUCAGUGCGAGAACGUCCAGGCGAAUCUGCUGAACCAGAUCAGCGUCGUGGCCAAGGACCAGACGAUCGUCGCUUGGGUCUCCAAGUUUCUCUCGGUUACGCUGAUCGUCACUCAACUGAACCCGCAGUUCAAGUACGGCAGACUCCAGGAGAACACCGAGAUCCACGUGGGCGACGCGGUUGCGAUUCCUGUACCUUCGGAAACCACGGCUGAAUCCGAAGUCCAGAAUAGCCUCAGUGGUAUCCUCGGCGACAUGUUCACUGCGUCCAUUCAUGUGAAAAAGACCUACAGAGCUCAGCCUCUGCCGAGGAUCAGCUCUUUCGAGUCUGCUUUUCGGGUUUACGUACCUCGAUCGCAACUUCCGGGUUUGGUAAGCAGUGAUGCACUGGGCAGGAUCAGGAAGGUCAGAGAGGACAGGCAGCAUGUGAAGGCUGGGGGUAUGAGGUUCGCUAAGAGGACUGAUGGCUCGAAGGAGUUUACGGUGCAAGUAUGUCCACUGGAAGACCUGUUGGCUCGUCUACCGAAGACCUUCGACGAGAACUACUUCACGAGCUUCUCUCGGCAUCCUUGUGUCUUCGUGGCCGAGGACUUGCUCGACAACCUUCGCAUCAGAGUCGGGGGAAAGGUCGUUCUCGAAUCGAUCGACGAGGUCCAAAGCAGCGUCGUGUGCAAGUCGAUAGAGAUCUCAUCCUGUGAAAAAUCCGCUUCGGUCGAGGUCUUCCGAGAUUACGUGAUUCGAAAUUCGAAGGACAAUAAGAUGCUUUUGAACUCGCACGCACAGAUCAGCGUGGAUGAUGACACGUGGUAUCUGGUCAAAUUAUCGCCGGAGGAUUGCUCCUACGGACUUUUCGACGUGGGUGUACUGAGAAGUAUGGAUGUGAGGGUGAAUAAAGCCAGUGUGGAAGAUGUUCGACCUGUCGAGGAGCCGACGGAGGAUACUGAUGUGCCGAUUAAGAGCGUUGCGACCGAAAUACUGCAGGAGAUCAUAUCAGAAUGCAAGGGAGUGCUAACCCUGAGCUUGGGGCUUCACAACGUCGGCGACUUCGAGUACGACAGGGAAAACCUAUUGAUCAGCGGCACAACGGGCUCCGGCAAAACGACGGUCUGCAAACUGCUCCGUGAGAUUCUUACCGCAUCGCCGUAUUUCGUUCACGCUCGUGUCGUGGAUUGCAGAUCCUUGAAAGGCAAAAAGUCGGAAGUCAUACAGAAGCUUCUGGCUACCGAACUUUCCCAGGCCGUUUACUACCAACCCUCGAUUCUAUUUCUCGAUGACCUCGAAAGCAUAACCAGCGCUGGAUCUAACACGGAAGAGAAUACGCCGGAUUCUAUGAACGCUGCGAGAAUAACGGAUGCGAUUUUCAACACUAUCACCGAGUACCAAGCUACGAAUUACAUAUCUGUUGUGGCCACUUGCACCGACGUCACGAAGGUCGGCAAGAAGCUGAGAGAAGCUCGAGGUGUUCAUUUCUUCCGUACCAUUUUGACGAUACCAAAUUUGGAAAAGGACGACAGAAUCAAAAUUCUGAGGAAGAGUCUCCAAGACAAAUUGUACCUCAGCAAGGAGAUCGAUUGGGACCAUUACGCGAACAAAACGGAGGGUUGGGUCGCUCAGGAUCUCGUCGUCUUAGCGGACAAAGCCGCUUUCACCGCAUGGAAACGACACGUCAAAGAAAAAUCCCAAGGCUCGCUGAUGCUUCGCGACGACGACCUGUCCUCCACACUGUCCCGUUGCACACCCAUGUCACUUCACGGAGUGAACCUGUUCCACGGCUCAGGCCACAAUUGGUCGGAUAUCGGCGGCUUAGCUUCCGUCAAGCUCGGCCUAGUAGAGAUCCUGCACUGGCCGCUGCGCUAUCCGGAGAUCUUCAAGCGGGCGCCGAUCAAGCUCCAGAGCGGGAUUUUACUGUACGGCAUGCCUGGCACUGGGAAAACCAUGCUAGCCGGUGCUAUCGCCAAGGAGUGCGGGUUAAAUUUAAUUAGCGUGAAGGGUCCGGAACUGCUGUCGAAGUAUAUAGGCGCUAGCGAAGAGGCUGUGCGAAACGUUUUCGAAAAAGCUCAACGAGCGAGACCUUGCGUUUUGUUCUUCGACGAGUUUGAGAGUCUCGCGCCGAGACGAGGCCACGACAGUACUGGGGUGACCGAUCGCGUGGUAAAUCAGUUGCUAACCCAUUUGGAUGGAAUCGAGGGGAGAGAGGGGGUCGCGGUUGUCGCCGCCUCUUCGCGCCCGGAUCUACUCGAUCCUGCGCUCCUCAGGCCGGGUCGUCUCGACAAAUCGCUGCUUUGUCCCUUGCCCGACGAGGCGGAGAGAGAAGAGAUACUGGCAGCGCUUUGCCGAACGCACGAGAUCGAUACGCAAGACCUGGAUUUGAAAGCAGUGGCCAGUUUGACAUCUGGCUUCACUGGGGCUGAUCUGAACGCAGUUUUGAUGCAAGCUCGGUUGAACGUCAUCGAGGAAGCUCUGGAGAACUCUUCAAUCGAAAAGCAGCAGAAUUAUGCCGACGAGAAAGUCACUCAGCGACAUGUAGUCGAAUCAGUUCGUUCGACCAAGCCGUCUCUACUAGCCUCGGAAAAGGAGAAAUAUCGAAGGAUUUUUUACUCUCGAUGUUUCAGAUACGCGAAGUUUGCGAAAAGUGAAAGCUACGCCAGCGACGAACUUAAACAUCAGAGGGCUACUUUGGCUUAGAAUUCAUUGAUGUGUAUUAUAAUUUUUCAAUUUUUAAGUGGAUGUUAUAUUUUGUAUAAUAAUUGGUAUAAUUUUGUUAUUCUUGAAUAAAAACUAAAAAAAAAUUAUUAAA